AUGUCGCAGGAGUCGGCAGCAGAGCAAGAGAGGCAGGAGGUGCUCGCCUUAUUGGAUUCGACCGGUGGUAGGCCAAGAGGAUCUGUGAGCUCCACAGGGUCUGGACAUAAAAUUGGAGGGGGGAGAAGUUCGUCACCGUUUGCAAAUAACCCGCGAUCUCCUGUGCGCAGUAUGCUAGAUGUUGAUAGCAGCCCAGUUAUGCCUCGACACUCGUCUAUUGGUGGUAACAACACGGGAAUUACUGUACCCCAGAUUCGAAGUAUGCUUGAUGUCGACACUCCACUACCAGCGGCACCUGCUGUACGAAGUAUGCUGAAUAUAUCUACAUCUACAUCCACCGCGCCAAUUUCAAGAAGUGCGCAGACAAGCCCAACGAUAACAAAUCAUAGAGCACAUGCCGAUAAUGGCAGACAUUCGAGAAGCUCAUCAGACGCGGCUGCAAAACCUACAGUCGAAUUUGGCCCAAGAGCAAUCACCAGGGUCGAUCCCAGUGAAUACCAGUUUUCUGGAUAUCUACCAAGUAACCCUGGCGGUCCAUCGAUCCCGAAACGCAAUACACAGGCGGGAAAGAGAAUUACGAACUCGAUGGCUGAGGUAGUUAGAUCCAACGUAGAUCUUAGCAGUUUUGGCGGAGGGCGUGAUAGAGAAAGAAACAAUUCAAUUAUUGGGAUCAAUGCGGCGAAAUCAAAGUCGCCUCACAAUCGGUUCUCUUUACGUUCUAAUUCUCCAGCUCCUGCAGAUGUUUCGAAGUAUGCGGUUUUGGACAAUGGUAGAAUUAUUGAUGUCAACAGUGCCUACCAACGGUUAUCAGAUGCCAAUUUGGCGCGAUCGGGUGGAGAGUUGUCCUCGUUAAGUCAGAAGAGUUGGCAGAAUCAGUCGAACAACGAAUAUUUUGACAUCAAUGGGGCUCGACUAAAGAAAGAUUAUGUUCCUAUGGAGGGCGAGGAGGGCGUUGAUAGCACCGAUGAGUCGGAUGAUGACGGACCAAGAGGGCGCAAGAAGAAAGCAAGAAGUGUAGAUGGAGAUGAGAGCGAAGGGGAAAAUAAAACCCUAGGAAUGGGACGAGCGAAGGGUCCCAGGACUCCCCUGAGUCUAAUGGCUGCUGCUGAGGCAGAACGACAAGAUGUUGCGGCAAAGGAAGCUCUAAACGAGAAGUACAAAGUCAGAUCACUUCUUGACCCACAAAUUACGUUGACAGCACCUGCGGGGCACAAGCUUAACAAGCCUGCCGUUCAUCCGCAUACAAGCUUCGACCCGGACAACUCUGGGGAUCCCAGUCCACAUGAUUCAGACACCGAGGCUGAUCGCGGCGACGUCAAAAAGGCCCAGAGCCUUUCGCUAACUAUGACAGCAAUCAAAUCAACGCCAGUCACCUCACGUUGCGUACGAACAAUCCAUCGUGGAGAUUUUAAGAAAGUUCAACAAGAAGCACGGGAUAAUCUACGCCGCACUAGGAAGUACCUUGUAGCGACGGAUCUUAGUGAUGAGGCAGCACAUGCCUUGGAAUGGACUAUUGGGACGGUAUUGAGGGAUGGAGAUACCAUGCUUGCUAUCUAUUGUGUUGAUGAAGAGCUUGGGAUAAUAACUCCGGAUAAUAGUGGUGAUGAUGCCCAGAUCAAGCAACAAAUAUCAGCCAUAGCUGCAGCUCAACGAUCUGCCAGAGCAUCUCGCACAAAUACCCCGUUACUGACGCCUAGUCUAGGGCCGAAUCCAUUGAAUCACAGCUUCAGAUUGGAACCAGGCAGUAGAGCGGCAAGUCCAAUGGGAAGAGAUUCGAGAAGCAAAGCAGAGCAAGACCGAUUCCGAGCCGUGGAGGAAAUCACUGAUAGAGUAUCCGAACUCUUAAGGAAGACGAAGCUACAAGUACAAGUCAACAUUGAAGUUUUGCAUUGUAAGAAUCCUAAGCACUUAAUCACUGAGGUGAUUGAUUACAUAAACCCAACUUUGGUAAUUCUCGGGAGCCGUGGUAGAAGUGCCUUGAAGGGAGUCAUCCUAGGAUCUUUCUCUAAUUAUCUCGUUACCAAAUCAUCCGUGCCUGUCAUGGUUGCCCGGAAACGUCUACGAAAGCACAGCAAGCAGAAGCGUACCCCUAAUAUUCGUCUCGCCAAUAAUCUUACGAAUCCAUUAAUCAAUUCAUUGGCGAGUGCGAAGAUCGAUUGA